AUGCAAAUGCAGGGCGAACACUACAUUGACCUGACGAUCACCCUCAAGCCGGAGAGCGCCAGCGUCAGCGGCGCAGGCGCGCUGCCGCCCAAGCCGCUCACGGUCACGCGCAAGGCGAGCGGCAUCUUCUUCGACCUCGUAGAUGCUGCGGACGCCCCCGACCCCAUCGGGCCCCUCGACGCCACCGCCGCCGCCGCCCCCGCCGCGACCGCCGCGGCCCCCGCGAGCGGGACCCCCGGCGCAGCCGCCGGCGCCGUCGCCGCCGGCGUCCCUGCCGGCGCGGACACGGCGGCGGACUCUGUUGCUAUGAAGUACUACUGCGCCCUCAACUUCAAUGUCGGCGGGGCCAUUAAGAAGAACCUUACCGUCGAGCGCGUCGCCGAGGACGGCCCCCUGAGCCCCGGCGCGUUCCAGUGCGCGCGGCGCUGCAACAAGAUGGGGCCGGACUGCGCUGCGUUCGGGGUGGUGGCGGGGAGCAGCUGCUACCUAAUGGGCGCGGUCAACGCGACCGCCGGCGGCGCGGACUCCAUGGUGACAGCCGUGUGCAUGAAGAACGUGCAGGAUUGGGUCGCCCUCGGCUCGGCCCGCGGGAUUGCUGUUGCGCGGGACAAGUACUACUGCUUGCCAACUUUUGACGUCCAGGGCUGGCCCGCCGGCCAGGGCCCCGGCGCCGAUGAGUAUGGCACGCCUGCCAAGGCGCCUGUCACAGACUUCCCCGCGAGCACUGAGCCCACGAUCUGCGCCGGGCAGUGCAGCACCACCGGCGGCUGCGAGUUUUUCGUCCAGACCGUGCCCACUGGCUGCUACCUCAAGGGCCGCCCGUUCGACUCCGACUCCCCCUACGGCACGACGGGACCCAACAAAAACGUGGAGGUCACCUGCUUCCGCGGCGAGGACUCGUGGCUCCGCGCCGGCAGCGUACUCGACGCCGCCCUGCCGCAGCUGCCCGUCAGCUUCACAGGCGGCGGCGUGCUGACCGCCGCCGCGGCGGGCGCGGUGGCGGGCGCGCCAGGCGCGCCGGUCGGGAACGCGAGCGCGCUGACGUACUACUGUGUGCGCGAGUAUGGCCUCAAUGGCACUGUCUAUUCCAACAAGAGCGUCGGCGCGGGUGACAUCGGCACCGUGUCGUGCGCCGCCGCCUGCGACGUCGCCGGCCCCAACUGCGCGGCCCACAUGAUCGACGCCCUGGGCACCUGCACGCUCUACAAGAGCUACCAGCUCAACACCACGGCCCCGGACAGCCUCAAGUACGCGCUGUGCUUCAAGAGCAUAAAGGAAUGGGAGGCGUUCGGCCGGCCCGACAAGGGGAUGUACUGCCUCAAAAAGUACGACAUCGCGGGCGACGGCAUCGCGACGCGCGACUUCGUCACCACCGCCGCCGGCCCCAGCGCCGGCGCCGGCGCGCUCGAGUUCUGCAAGGCCCAGUGCGCGGCGACCCCCGAGUGCGAGUUCUCGGUCACGCAGGGCACCAAGUGCUACCUGAAGGGCAACCUCCAGGGCGGAAAUUACGGGAAGACGGGCGCGAGCCCGCUCAGCGACGCGGCCUGCAUCAAGGGCGCGGACAACUGGCUCAAGUUUGCGCUUCAGGUUUCGAACCUCCCCGCGUCCGGCGCCGCGCUGCCGGGCGCUGCGGGCGGGCCCGUGGCGCUGCCGCCGCGGCGCAACGUGACGGGCCGGACGAACGGCGCAGGAGGCGGCCGCGAGGCGGGGCGCGCCGCGGCGAUGGCCGCGGUCGCGGGCUUGGGCGGGUGGCUUUUGGCUGGCCUGCUUGUUUGA